AUGGUGAGAAGGACAGCAAAUCACGCUUCGCGGCUUUCUUCCGUACCACCAUCAUCGCGCUACCGCCCAUCGUCCAAUCCAAUUGCAAAUCCACUCGCUUUUAUCUCGACUAUUCUUCUCAUUCAAAGACCGUCGAUUAUAUGCGCUUGCUGUUUCUCCUGCGGCAAGGUCAUUGGCGGCAAAUGGAACGACUACCUAGAGCUCUUGUCGAACGACAAAGCGAAGGGUCCGGACUUUUCGUCCAUUUUCAAACCCACCUACUGA